AUGAGUCUGGAGAGUGAAGAUACCAAUGUGUCAAAACAAAUAACAGAACAAGAACAGUUGGGAAAGGUAGAGAAGUCGAAUGGGAAUCAAGUGAAUGGCAAUGGUAAUGGAAAUAGCGCUGAGAAAGUGGAUGAUGGAGUGGUAAGGAGUGAUAGUGAAGAAGAAGAGGAUGACGAUGAUAACGAUAAUACGGAAGAUGAAGAGAAAGACGAAGAUGAGGAAGAGGACGAAGAAUCAAGUUCUGAAGAAGAAGAGGAAGAUGAAGAUCCACCAAUGCUCAAGUAUUCAAGACUCUUACAACUCCCCAAAACAUUUUUCAACAAGGAACUCGUCUCGAGUUGUCUCAUUCAUGAACAUGUCUUUGCAUUCGGUACAGCUUCAGGUCUUUUAUACAUUACAAAUCCAGAUCUACAAUCUUUAGGUACAAUUAGAGCUAGGAAAUCACCUAUUUUAUCGAUACAUACUGAUGGUUCAUAUAUUGCAGCUGCUUCUAUGGAUGGUACUAUUGUGAUCUCUUCAAUAAAUCAAGUACAAACUAAUAAUCAAGCAAGUACGGUAGCUUAUGAUAUUAAAACACCAAUUUAUUCCGUUGUUAUUAAUGGUCAAUAUAAAGAAACAAAGUCAUUUAUUUAUGGGAAUAAAAAAGGUCAAGUUAUAAUUUCAACUACAAACUGGCUUGGUAAUAGAACUGAAAGAAUCAUUGGUGAAGAUAGUGGUCCUAUAGUAGGGCUUGUUAUUAUGGAAGAAGUACUUAUAUGGAUGAGUGAUGAUGGUAUAACUGCACUAAAUUUAUCAAAUGAACAUAUAAUAACCAAAUUGAAUAGACCUAAGAAUUCUCCACCUGCAGAACUUAUAUGGCCAAGGAUAAAUCAAUUAGAAAGAGAUAGAUUAUUAAUUGGAUGGGUUGAUCAUAUAUGGAGUAUAAAAAUUAGUACAAGUAUACGAUCUCCAAGGAAAGGUGAUCGAAAUUUUGGAAUUUCAUCAGCAAUGUCAAGUUUUAGUCGACCAAGCUCAGAAGCUAAUAUCAGUGUUGAAUUUGAGUAUAGUAUUGAUGGAUUGAUUGGUGGUAUUGCAACAUUUAAAGAUGAUUCAUUAAUUGUAUUAACAAUUUCAAAUUCUAAAGAUCAACCACCAGAAUUAAGAGUUAUAAAUUCUAUAACUCAUGGAGAAAUCUCUACAGAUGAAAUUGUAUUGAAAGGAUAUCAAGGUUUAAGAAUUAAUGAUUUCCAUUUAGGUCAAUAUAUUGGUUCACAAAGAUCAAAAUUUUUCAUUAUUAGUGCAACAGAUGGUAUAAUUGCUGAAGAAUUUGAUCUUUUGGGUAGAUUUAAUUGGUUUGUCGAAAGAGAAAGAUUUUUAGAAGCAUGGGAAAUGAGUGAACAUUUGAUUACUAAAGAACAAAGGGGAAAUAUUGGUAUAAAGCAAGUUCAAGUUUAUUUAGAUGAUAAUAAUUGGUUUCAAGCUGCUAGAUUUUUAAAACAAAUAUUAACAAUUCAUGAUCCAACUGAACAAGUUUUCAAAGAUUAUACAAUGGAAAAAUGGGAACAAUGGGCAUGGAUUUUCAUUCAUAGUGAUAAAAUCCCCUUGUUGGCAGAAAUAUUACCAUUAGAAAUUGAUGAAUGUCCCAAGGAGAUUUAUAAUAAAUGUUUGGAAUGGUUUUUAAAUAAUGAUAAUGAUCAAAUUUUUGAAUAUUUAAAUAGAUGGGAUACUUCUUUAUUUGAUUAUAAAAGAAUUGAAGAAUUAAUUGAAAAUAAAUUAGAAGUUGAACCUGAGUUAUCAAUUUUAAGAAGAUGUUUAGCAGAAUUGUACCUUAAGACUCAAGAUGUAUCAUCAUCAAUUAAACAUUUCAUUGAAUUAAAAGAUCCUAAUACAAUUGAUUUAUUAUCACAAAAUCAUUUAGUUUCAAAAUUUAUUGAAUAUUUACCAACAAUUAUUAGAUUUCAAAUUGGUGAAGAAGAUUUAAAAGAUGCACCAAUUCAAAUUCUUGGAGAAAAAUCAUCACAUAUAAUUGAUAUACUUGUUGAAAAUAGACAUGAAAUAAUACCACACAAGAUAAUUCCAUUAUUAAAUCAAGAAGGUUUAGAAAUAAUUACAUUUCUUUAUUUACAAAAAAUUUCAAAAGUUGAUCCAUUAUCAGUUGAACUUUAUGAAACUGAAAUGGUUGAAUUAUAUUCAAAAUUUGAUAGAAGUCAAUUAUUAACAUAUUUAAAGAAAAAACAACAUUAUAAUAUUGAAAAAGUUAUGGAAAUUAUGAAAUUAAAAAAUUUUAAUGAAGAAUUAGUUUAUUUAUUAGGUAAAGUUGGAAAAUCCAAAGAAGCAAUGUAUUUAAUAAUAGAAACAAUGGAUGAUCCCAAACAAGCUAUUGAAUUUGCCACAGAGCAAAAAUCAUCAGAAUUAUGGCAAAUUUUCCUUGAAUAUGGUAUUAAAAAGCCAAAUUUUAUAAAAGUUUUAAUUGAAUAUACCGGGAUAUUAUUUGAUCCACAAAUCCUAAAGAAAAUUCCUGAAAAAGUUGAAGUUGAAGGUUUAAAAGAUUCAUUAAUUAGAAUUACCAAAGAUAAUAAGAUACUAGUUUCUAUACAAGAAUCUAUAUUGAAAAUAUUGGAGAAUGAAGCUGUUGAAGUUUCUGAUGAAUUAAAUGAAUUAAGAACAAAGGGUAAAGUCGUUAUACCUACUGAAAUUUUUAAUCAGUUUGAGAAAGUGUUACUAUUGGCAAAUGGUGAAUUGAAAUCACUUGUAUAA